UUCGGAUUCAGUAUUUUUUUUGAUUUCGUUCUGUGCGCUUCGUUCGUUGCGGGACGCGCGUGUACGCCCUUGUGUGUGUGUGUGAGGAGGCGAAGAAGAAGAAGAAGCAAGACGGGCAAGAAGGAAGCCGCAAAAGGAGAAGCCAAUUCCGAGAAAUCUUAUCAAUGAGCUAGAACUUUGUGAAGAAAAAUAUCAAGAUGCGUGCGUUUCAAUAGAGCAAAUUUAGUUUUUAGUUUUUUUCCGGUACUUCUGUCCGCUCUUCUAAUCGGUGCGUGUGCUGGUGUGAGUGCUGCUGUGCUGGUGUGUGUGUUUGAUUGUCACCACGCCUACACGCACGGGAAAUGGCAGCAACUGUUUACCAACGCCUCCACAGCGGCGGCGGCGGCAGCGCGUCGGCUUCCUUUCCAGGAGGAGCGGCCUCUGGAGCGGGAUUGACUGGAUCUGCAGGCAACACCUCCUCCUCCUCCGCCCUGCUCAGCCACUCCCAGCUGACGCGCUCGCUGGAGCGCAUCCUGGAGGAGGCGCACUUUAGCGGCGAGCUGAUCCUCACGAACCGCAAGCUGAAGGACUUUCCCAAAGCGGGCACCAAGUACGCGCUCACGGAUACCGUUAUAGCAGAUCUUUCCCGAAAUCGAUUCUGUGAACUGCCCGAAGAAGUGACGACGUUUGCCUUUCUGGAGACGCUGCUGCUGUAUCACAACACGAUACGCAGCAUUCCGGAGUCGGUGAAGCAGCUUUCGUCGCUGACUUACUUGGAUCUCCGCAGCAAUCAGUUGUCCUCGCUGCCGCGCGAGAUAUGUUUCCUGCCCCUCCAGGUGCUGCUUGUGUCCAACAAUCGGCUGUCCACCCUGCCGGAUGAGAUGGGCCGGUUGGACCAGACGUUAACCGAUCUGGAUGCUUCGUACAAUCAACUGGCCAACUUGCCUGUCCGUCUGGGGGAGUUGAGAUCGCUGCGCUCGCUCUCGCUGCGCAGCAAUCACCUGAUGUAUCUGCCCAGGGAGUUAACCUGCCUGAGCCUGGUCUCGCUCGAUGUCAGCAACAAUAGGAUAGCUAGUCUGCCGCUGGAGAUUCGGCACAUGGCCACGUUGGUGGAGCUGCAGCUGGAGAAUAAUCCGCUAACUUCGCCGCCAGCUAGUCUUUGCAUGCGUGGCCUGGUGCACGUUUUCAAGUUUCUAGAGACGCAGGCCACCAAGGAUGAGAAGGGCUCGCGUUCCGGUGGAAACUAUGAUGGCUACACUACUCUGCGACGAGCUCCUCGCCACAAUUCCAGCGGCAAUGUCCUCGAAGCCAGCACCACGGGUAGUAACAAUCAGCGAAGGCAUCAGGUGGACUCGGGCUACAGCACCAGCGAUGGCCUGGACAAGCGCUGGUCGCACGAUGUCCCAGCCAAGUCCAAGACAGAUUCGCCGCUGCACUGCGUCUCAUCUUCGGCGGCUGCCACAUUGCCCAGGACUCUGCCGAGUGCGGUUCACUCGCACGCGGAUCUUAUGGAUGCCUCUCUGACCUCCAGCACCAGCACAAUUGUGGAUGAGAGUCUCACCCUGAGUCCCACGCCAUCGCCCUGCAAGCUGAGCUAUGCACACUCCAACAGCUCCAGCAAUGGAUCCUCGCCGGAUCAAGACGAGGAUAUCAUGCUGGACCAUCAGGAGCGCACCGUGCACUCCACCAAUGGGAAGUCUGGCAAGAGUCUGGGCAACAUUCAGACCUACAAGGAGUACAAGGAAGCCCUGAAGCAGCAGCGCAACCAGGAGAUGAGCGUCUACAAACAAAAGCAUCCGAAUGCCAAUCAUAGUCCCAACGAUGACGAGGACCUGUCUCCGCCGCCGUCAAGCCUCUCCAACGGAUCAUCGUCGAUGUGCAACACACUGCCAAAGUCCAUAAUGAAACAGUCGAGUCUGAAUCAGAACAGCAACCAAAAUGGCCACAAUGGGAACGGAAACGGAAAUGGAACCGGGAACGGAAAUGGAGUCGAUGAUGUUGUCAUACCAAAGAAACCCAUCCAGAAGGUGAUACCCUCUCGCAAUACAGAAAUCAAGCCGGCUACCUCGUCUGGCAUUCCCUCGGCCAUUCCAUCGGAUUGUUUGGGCUACGUGAAGCCGCAGAGUCCCCUGAAGAAUGGUGCUAACAAGUUCAAUACGUCCAAUGGCAGCGGGUCACCAGGUGCCACCAGCACCACCAUUAAAUCGCCAGUUAGCUCUACCACAAAGCUGGGUACAGUGAAGACACACCGCUCGGUGACCUGGAACCAUGAUAUUCCCGCGGAGAAGUUGAGCUUCACCAUGCGGCGAGAGUUUGAUCGCCAGCGGGAGGAGACUGAACUGAUGUCGCAGCUGAGGAGUAUAAUUGAAACGCGUUUAAAAAUGACCCUGCCUGUGGAUAUUGCUUCAGCUCUGACCGAUGGUGUUAUACUCUGCCAUUUGGCCAACUAUGUGCGUCCGCGCUCAGUGGCCAGCAUACAUGUGCCAUCGCCGGGUGUGAACAAGUUGACCAUGGCCAGGUGUCGGCGCAAUGUGGAUAACUUUUUGGAGGCAUGUCGUCGCAUUGGCGUAGAUGAGGAGUUGAUUUGCUCCUGUGAAGAUGUUGUGCCAGAAAAUGAGCCGCAAUUGCCACGCGCUGACGAUGACUAUGAUGCUGAUGUGUAUGUAAAAGAUGAUGGCAACGGCGGCAGCAGCAACAGCACCAGCAGCAACAGCAACAUCAGCAGCGGCAGCAAUAAUAAUCACAACGAUUGUGAUGAUGAUAAAGUGCCCAAUGCAUUGGCCCUACUGCGCACGGUGUCCGCUCUGAUUGCCCUGGAUGCGAAUCCGCUCCAUCAACAACAUCAUCAUCUUCUUCAGCACUUUGAGCAAGAGCAAGAGCAAUUCACAGAGCCAACCAUUACCUGCAGCCAACAGCAUGAACAGAUGUUGCAGUUAGAGCAUGUUUUGUAUGAGAAUGGCCAGCCGAGGGCUGAAAAUGAUGAUGGGGUUGAGGAUCGCGAUGGCAGCGGCGGCAGCAGACGCCAGCAGCAACUGGCGACAGUGGGCCAAAUGCUGCUCAAGGCCAAGCAAAAGACCUAUGAGAAGAUCAAGCACAAUCUGCUCAGUGCCCAUGGUCAGCACAAUUUUCAGGCGAACAACAAUAAUCGGAUGCUGCACACGAUUGUGGAGAAUGAGCACGAUGUGGCCGCCGCUGGACCGGCGGGACAUUAUCAAAUAAUAGAUGAGAAGCAGCAGCAGACAGAAUCAGAGGACUCGAAGGACCAAGAAGCUUGUUCGGAGCCAACCAAGGAGGCAAUCAGCAAACGCAUCGAGUUCUUCGAGCAGCAGAGAAACGGCAAACAGAAGCUGGAGGUCUUCAGCAUCUAUUUGCCCAAGGACAAGGACAAACAGCAGCUUGAUCAUAAGUUAAAAGCCAAGGACAACGAAGCUGGAACUUCAAUAUUAUUAAAACACGAUUCCCACACCCUAACCGUAAUCCUGUCGUGCGUUUUCAUAGCGACCUUCCUUUGGCUGGUCUUCUUCCCGCUGCCCGGAUAAUCUAUAUAAUCGCCUUUGGCUUGCCAGUAGAGUUAAGAUCGAAGAAUAGAGAGAGUUACGAGUCGCUUUUGCGCUUCUCUUUCCACUUUGGUAGUGAGUUUUUGAGGCUGCUUUUUAUUUACUGCUUUCUUAGGCUUAUAAAUCCCCAUAUUUAUGAUGUAUUCUCUAUAUCGAAAACAAAAGAAAGGCAACUUUUGAGGCAUUUAAAUUGAGAGACAACCCAAAGACUUUGAAAACGUAAAGCAGUCAAGUUACACUUUUGGUUGGUUUUAGGGGUAAGCACAAUUGGGUUUAGGAAAUCUUACUAUAUCUUAAAAGAAGUCAACCUAAAGUUCCUUUAAAAAACAAUAUUUUCUAUAUUUAUUUACACUAUUUUUGUAUUACUUUGAUAUGUAAAACUAGAAAAACUUUAUUUAUUUAUAUAUAUUUUUAAGUAAGGAUAGUAAUAUCAUCUAUAUUUUGUAGUUCAACUCUACCUUAUAGCUUAUCAUCUUCAAUUUAAAUAUAUUAAUCAACUUAGUUACCUUUAACCGCCUCUAAUUGUGCUUACCUCUAUUAAAUAACUUCUUAAGAAAAGUAUUUUUAUACUAAACAACCCCAUUUAAUCACAUAUUCCUAGUUCAAGCUAUAUUGAACUCUAAAUUGAAUUAAGGAUCUUUACAAACAUUUCGACGACAUUUUCGUUUGCUCGUGAACUGAACUGAAACAGAAAAAAUACAUUAACAAUACGCUUGAUUUCAUUAUAUUAAUACGACCUAAGUUACAACGAAACUAAACGAUUUAUGUUCCCAUUUUAACAAAGAAGACAAGUGAAAUCCCCAAAGUAAAUUCUAUUACUUGUAGUCAUAGGUAGAUGAUACAAUAUACAUACAUAUAUAUAAAAGUUUUCUUAAACAAAACAGGAAAAUGGCAAAGAGAAUUGUUACAGUUUGAGGGGCAAUGAAUUCCGAAAGGAAUUUGAUGUUGUAUGGUUUUACUUGAAGGCAGGGACACUCUAAAUAGUUGUAGAAAAGCGUGAAAUAGUUAAUAGAAAUGAUGAACAAAAAAUAUAAAUAACAGCCAACCAAUGUACCAACUUCAGAAGUAAUAUUCCAAGUUAGUUAUGAAAUAACUCAUUUUUAUUUUAUUCAUCUUUCUCAAUACAUUUUUGAUGUACAAAUAAAUGUGUCAAAGAAAAAAACACUCGUACACGAUUUAAGAAACAUCACAUAACACACUUUUUGUAACAAUUUCACACACUCUUACAUGAAAAAGACCUCUUAUACGAAAAUGAUAAAAAUCACAAAAUAGUGCCUUUGACUGGAGCAUCGACUACAGUCUAGUCUGCCUAUAACCUACAGCUGCUUAUAUCGUAUCUACACUUACUCUUCACGCAAAGCAAUAAUUUCCAAGAACUGAACGCUAUUCUCUUCGCUUUUCAUUUACAAUUAAGUUUACUAAAUUAACAAUUUGUGCUAAUCACAUUCCUAAUAUUAUGGUAAAUUGUAACCAAACUUUAUUUAACUAACUUAAGGCCCCAGAAAAUGUACUUAAACGAAAUUAAACAAAAGCUAAUCAAAUUUCUCCAAGAAGCACAAUCUCAAACUCUCAGAAAGGAAAAAAGAUAAACAUAUAUAUAUUUAUCUAGCGUCUAAAAUCAGAAAUAUAUAUUUUGUCUAACAAAAUUAUUAAAGUGAAGAAAGAAAUGUAUUGAGACAGCUAUAUAUGAAAUGUAAAUCGUAAUCAGUCAUUAAUUUUUAUAUGAAACAAAUAUUUAACACUCAGACACUUGCAUCUAUACAGAAGUCUACUUAUAAAAGAAACCUCCCAAAUGAAGUUUAAAGCCAAAAAACAAAAGUUUGUCCGAAUAUUCCAUGCAUUUACUUCCAAAACCGAAAGAAAUAUUCAAAUAAACGGAAACUGUUGCAUUUAAAUUUAAGCACAAACUGUCAACUAUGCGCUAUAUAUACAUAAAAGUGAAAUCAAUGAGAAAAAUAUAUGGGAAAUAUACCAAAAUGUACGUUUAAAUUUAAUAUUUUGCGCAGCUUAGCAGUCACAGUUUGGGAGCAAUUGCGACUUUGCUAAGGUGGUAAACACAACUCGGGGAAAUUUUAUCGUAGUGAAGACACAAUCCACUGCUUUCAAAACUGUGGUUUGCUGGGAAAUUAAAGAAUAAAAAAUUUAAAAAUAAAU